CACCGAAACAGGAAAAAUCGGUAACUGCCGUCUUCGAUCACUGUAUCAGCCGAUUGAUUGGGAGUAGAUUGCAUCUGUAUACGCUCCUGUCAGUGAGUGGAAUUUAUGAUACCAAAAUAGAUAAUGGCGACAGCGUGGAGAGAAGAUCCCCGAUUAACUACUGCUCUAAGAGAGUUUGGAAAUGUUUCGCAGGAUAUUUCAGAAGUAUUUGACCAAACAAAGGCAAGAAGACAUUCUUCUCCUUCUGAUUUGACAUGGCAAGAGUUGGUUACAAUAUUAUGGACGGGAUGCAAACAAAGGCAUUCUUCGAAACAAUUACGGUCAUAUGUACUCGAAUUAAUAAGUCAAGCUGGGGAAAUGGUUGGUGAAGAUGAAAGUAUAGAGAUGAAAGAAACUUUUGCUGCUGAAAUAUUUCUUACAACCAUGACGCUGGAACAAGUUGAAUCGAAGCAUAUCAAUAAAAUCAGGAAAACUUUACCUACAGCAACCAAUAAUGAUAUAAGAGAUUUUCAUGAAACUGUAAAAAAAAUUAAAAGUUUUGUUGGACCAAGUGUUUUCAACAAAAUCAAAUCACAAGUGGAUGAAAUUCGAACCGCAACAACAUUCGGAACUAAAAUUAAGUUUUCAAAUGAUUUACCAUCAUUGUUGCAAAGUACAGAGAUGGAUUCUGAUGAUGAAGCUCAAAACGACAAUAAUGAUAAACUAACUGAUUCAUUUAGACAACUAACUAUAUCACAAGUUAAGGCUACUGAAAAGUCAUCAAGUUCAAAUAAAAUAUCUUCUUCAUUUGAUGUUCCAUGGCUAGAGAAAAAUUUACGGAAAUAUUUUCACUCUGAUCACUUUCUACCCAAUAUAAUGUCUUUACUUCAAUCUUCAUCAUCCAAUGAUCAUCUACAAAAUGAGCUGUUCGAUUUACUUGGAUUUGACAGAUUUGAUUUGAUUCAAGAAUUAUUGGAGCAUAGACAGGAUUUACUCAAGGAUCAAAAGAGAAGAGAAAUAUUAGAAUCUGGAUCUCGUUUCAAAUCUAUUGAUUCACGGCCUACAUAUGGAUGUCAGGUCACAGUUCAGACUGAUCAAGAAAAACAAGUAUCAAAAGCAUUCAGGCGGGAAGAGAAAAGAUUUGCUAAGAAAGGAAUGAAAAAUGGAAAUGAUGAUGGAGGAGAUUCAGAAAUAAUGAAUCCUGAUUUACUGAGGGAACAAAGGGCUAUGGCUUUACUACAAGCUGCAUCUGCUCCAUUGUUUUCUCAGAGAGGCAAAAGCAUUGGAAAUAUAGAAAGAUAUCCUCAUGUUUAUGAUUCACAACUCAGUGCAAAACAUAGCGCAGCGUUAGCUGGCGGAAAAAAGAUGACUCUACCUGAAGGAUUUGAAACAAAAUCAACAAAAGUUUAUGAGGAAAUUCGAAUUCCAGUUAAAUCAUCUAAUUUAAGAUUUGAUCAACCUCUGGUUAAAAUUAAGGAUCUUGAUGAGGUGUCUCAGCUAGCAUUCAGUGGUAUGAAGCAAUUGAACAGAGUACAGUCAUGUGUUUACGAAUCUGCAUUUAAAACAAAUGAAAACCUACUUAUUUGUGCUCCUACUGGCGCUGGGAAAACAAAUGUAGCGAUGCUCACUGUGAUUCGAGAAAUUAAAAGAAACAUUGUCGAAGGGGUGAUUCAGAAAGACAAGUUCAAGAUUGUGUACGUUGCUCCAAUGAAAGCUCUCGCUGCUGAAAUGACAAGAAACUUCGGAGGUCGGUUGGAAUCACUUGGUGUCAAAGUUCGAGAGUUGACUGGUGAUAUGCAGCUGACAAAAAGUGAAAUUAUUGAUACUCAGAUGCUCAUAACAACACCCGAGAAGUGGGAUGUGGUGACUCGUAAAGCAGUUGGUGACACAGCACUUGCUCAACUUGUUCGUCUUCUCAUCAUUGAUGAAGUUCAUCUACUGCAUGAUGAACGUGGACCUGUGCUUGAAACAUUGGUUGCCAGGACAUUACGACAGGUUGAAACUCAACAGAGCAUGAUCAGAAUUGUCGGACUCUCUGCUACACUGCCGAAUUAUCUUGAUGUUGCAAGCUUCCUGAGAGUAAACCCACACAAAGGUCUAUUUUACUUUGAUGGAAGAUUUAGACCAGUACCACUGGAACAAACUUUCAUCGGUGUAAAAACAAUGAAUCGAAUGCAACAAGCACAAGAUAUGAAUAAUAUUUGUUAUGAAAAGGCUGCAAGAAAUGUAGAAAGAGGACAUCAGGUUUUGGUUUUUGUCCAUGCUCGAAAUGCUACAGUUAAAACUGCUCAGGCUUUAUUGGAAAUAGCAAGAAAUAAUGGAGAGACAGGAUUGUUUGAUUGUAGACAAAUGUCGGGAUUUGGGCAAGCGGAAAAACAGAUGUCUAAUUCAAGAAAUCGUGAACUUCGUGAAUUAUUUGCAUCUGGAUUUGGAAUUCAUCAUGCAGGAAUGUUGAGACCCGACAGAAAUUUGGUGGAAAGAAAUUUUAGUCAAGGUUUUAUCAAGGUAUUAUGCUGUACAGCCACACUUGCUUGGGGAGUCAAUCUUCCUGCACAUGCUGUCGUAAUCAAAGGUACAGAGAUCUACGAUGCAAAGCAAGGUACUUUUGUGGAUUUGGGAAUUCUCGAUGUCAUGCAGAUAUUUGGACGAGCAGGUCGACCACAGUUUGAUACAUCAGGAGAAGGAACAAUCAUCACCUCGUAUACUAAACUAUCUCAUUACCUUGCAUUACUAACAAGACAAAAUCCAAUUGAAAGUCAAUUUGUAGCAAAAAUAACAGACAACUUGAAUGCUGAGAUCUGUCUCGGAACGGUCAAUUCUGUGGAAGAUGGUGUGAAAUGGUUGUCUUAUACUUAUUUAUACACCAGAAUGAGAAAAAAUCCUUUGGUUUAUGGAAUUUCAUAUGACAGACUUGCUCAAGAUCCAUUACUUGAAAGAUGGAGAUCUGAACUGAUUGUCAAUGCAGGAAAAAAUCUUGCAAAAGCUAAAAUGACAAGAUUUACUGAGAGAACAGGUUAUUUCAAUUCUACGGAUAUGGGAAGAACUGCUUCUCAUUAUUACAUCAAUCAUAACACAAUCGAACUGUUCAAUGAAAUGAUCAAUCCAACAAUGUCAAUCUCCAACAUAUUUGUAAUGAUUUCUAAAUGCAGUGAAUUUGAACAAAUCAAGCUUCGAGAUGAUGAAUUGGAAGAACUUGAUGAUUUGAUCGACACUAUGUGUUUGAUACCACCUGGUGGUGGUUCUGAGAAUACCUAUGGUAAAGUCAAUAUUCUUCUGCAAACGUAUAUAUCUCGUGGAUCUGUUAGAAGUUUUUCUCUCACAUCUGAUUUGAUGUAUAUUGCUCAGAAUGCUGGUCGAAUCGUGAGAGGUUUAUUUGACAUUGCUGUGAAGCAAGGAGAACCAGUUCUUACAAAGAAGCUUCUUGAUUUGUGCAAAUGUGUUGAUCGUAGAAUGUGGCCUGAUGAAUCUCCACUUCAACAGUUUCCGAUUCUAAAAUUUGAAACGUUGAGGAAAAUCAAAGAACAACGACUCACAAUUGAUAAAAUGCAAGACAUGAAUGCCAAUGAUAUUGGUCACAUGCUUCGUCAUCCUCGUAUUGGCACAACUGUAAAAAUGUGUGUUAAAGAAUUUCCAGCGAUUGAACUUGAGACAACAAUUCAACCAAUCACAAGAUCUGUUCUCAGAAUUCGUCUUACCAUCAUUCCUAGGUUCAAAUGGCAUAGAAAAGUUCAUGGAACAACAGGAGAACCUUGGUGGAUUUGGGUUGAAGAUCCUGAGACCAACAUGAUGUAUCACAGUGAAUAUUUUAUUUUACAUAUGAAGCAUGUUGAGAAUGCUGAAGAACAACAACUUGUCUUUACUAUUCCAAUAGUUGAACCAGUUCCAUCGCAAUAUAUGGUUCAUGCAGAAUCAGAUAGAUGGUUGGGAGCUUCUGCAAUUUGUCCAAUAUCAUUUCAACAUUUGAUAUUACCAGAUAGACAUCCACCCCAUACAGAGCUGCUUGACUUAGAACCUCUUCCUACUGCUGCUCUAAAGGAAGAAUAUCGUUGUUUGUAUAAAUUCACCCAUUUCAAUCCAAUCCAAACUCAAAUAUUUCAUUGUUUGUAUCACAAUGACUGCAAUGCCCUCAUAGGAGCUCCGACUGGAUCUGGUAAAACUGUUGCUGCUGAAUUAGCAAUAUUGAGAAUGUUCAACACACAACCUAAAUCAAAAGCAGUUUAUAUUGCUCCAAUGAAAGCACUUGUCAGAGAAAGAAUCUCGGACUGGAAACUGAGAUUUGGUGACAGAUUAGGGAAAACAAUUGUUGAGUUGACUGGCGAUGUGGCACCUGACAUGCGUGCUGUGGCACGAGCUGAUAUAAUUGUGACAACGCCAGAGAAGUGGGAUGGUAUCUCACGUAGUUGGCAAACCAGAAAUUAUGUCAAAAGUGUUUCUCUCAUCAUCAUUGAUGAGAUUCACUUACUGGGUGAGGAUCGAGGGCCAGUUUUGGAAGUGAUCGUGUCGCGAACUAACUUCAUAUCAUCUCAUACUGAUAGACUUGUUAGAAUUGUCGGUUUAUCUACUGCAUUGGCUAAUGCAAGAGAUUUAGCUGAUUGGUUGGGAAUCAAACAGCUUGGCUUAUUCAACUUCCGACCUUCUGUCCGUCCCGUACCAAUGGAAGUUCAUAUACAAGGAUUUGCAGGGAAACAUUAUUGCCCAAGAAUGGCUUCUAUGAACAAACCAUGUUUUCAAGCCAUUAGGACUCAUUCUCCAGCCAAACCAGUUUUAAUAUUUGUUGCAUCACGUCGACAAACUCGUCUCACUGCUUUGGAUUUGAUCGCAUACCUCGCUGCUGAAGAUGACCCGAAACAAUGGUUACAUAUGGAUGAAUGGCAGAUGGAAGAAUUAACAAGAAAUGUUCAAGAUAAUAAUCUGAGAUUAACACUCGCAUUUGGUAUCGGACUUCAUCAUGCUGGAUUAGUUGAAAAAGACAGAACAUUGGUGGAAGAGUUGUUUGUUAACCAAAAAAUUCAAAUCCUUGUUGCCACAGCAACAGUUGCGUGGGGAGUAAAUUUUCCAGCUCAUCUUGUCAUUGUGAAAGGAACUGAAUACUUUGAUGGAAAAACUAAAAGAUAUGUUGACUUUCCUAUCACAGAUGUUCUUCAAAUGAUGGGACGAGCAGGAAGGCCGCAAUUUGAUGAUAAUGCAGUCGCAGUUGUUCUUGUACAUGAUGUGAAGAAACAUUUCUAUAAAAAGUUCUUGUAUGAUCCGUUUCCUGUUGAAUCAAGUUUAUUGGAUGUUUUGCCUGACCAUCUCAAUGCUGAAAUAGUUGCCGGUACAAUCAUGAGUAAACAAGAUGCCUUGGAUUAUUUAACUUGGACUUAUUUCUUCAGAAGAUUAUUGAUGAAUCCUACUUAUUAUAAUCUGGAGAGAAUAGAAACAGACAUGAUCAAUGAGUUUUUGACUGGACUUGUCGAGAAAGAACUUUCUGAAUUACUUCGUUCUUGUUGUGUUGUUGUUGAUGACGUUGAUGAUGUCACAAUCGAACCUACAAGUAUUGGAAGAAUUGCUUCAUAUUAUUAUCUCAGUCAUCUCACUGUGAGGAUGCUUUGUCAAGAAAUGAAGUCAGGUUCAACAAUACCUGAUAUAUUACAAUUAUUAACUGAAUGUCAGGAAUACAAUGAACUUCCCGUCAGACAUAACGAAGAUAUUAUUAAUAAAAACUUAUCAGAACAUUUACCGCUUCAAGUCAGUCCAGAUUCAUUUGGAUCAUCAAGUACCAAAGCACAUCUUCUGUUCCAAGCACAUUUUUCUAGAAUAAAGAUGCCUUCAUCUGAUUAUGCAACUGACUUGAAAUCUGUUCUUGAUCAAGCUUUCAGGAUAUUGCAGGGUAUGAUUGAUAUCAGUGCGGAUGAAGGAAUGCUGAUUACAACUCUUCGUGUUAUGCAUAUGGCACAGAUGGUUGCACAAGGAAUAUGGUUUGAUAAUCGUUCAACAUUGUUGACUCUUCCAUAUGUGGAAGAAAAAAGUCUGUUUGUUUUCAAGCAGUUCUCAUUUAGAGGAAAUCAAGUUCGACACUUGCCUGAACUAAUGUCAUUAUGCAAAGAAAAUCCAAGUUACGUUAAAGAUGUUCUGAUGAAGCAUUUUACUGAAGCUCAAGCUAAAAAGAUUUGUGAUCAUUUGAGAAAUCUGCCUGUUGUUGAUGUAAAGUUACAUGUAAAAGGAAGUUGGGAGAAGAACGAGAAAAUAAAACAAAAGAUUGUUCCAGAUGUUCAUGGUGUUGGGAUACAAAAUCGUAAGACGUGGAUUGAUGUUCAUAUGAAUCAAGAAUAUCACGUUGCAGUUUCUCUAGCAAGAUUAAACAAGGGACAUCAUGAUGGUAAAGCCCUCACCCCACGUUUUCCUAAACCCAAAUUAGAGGGCUGGUUUUUACUGCUCGCUGACGUAGAACGGAAAGAAGUUAUCGCACUAAAGAGAGUACAGACGUUACGAAACAGAACUACAGAACUUCUGUCAUUUUAUCCUGACAAUAUUGAAAGGAAAGUUUAUUCUGUCUGGCUGGUCUCGGAUUCGUAUCUUGGAUUAGAUCAACGGUACGAUGUUCGGAUAAAUGUCAGACAACCUAUCAGCAAUUUUCAACAAGAUGAAGAUGGUUAAUUUAUAAUAGUUGAUGUUUCUUCCCCGCUAUUUAUCAAUGUACAAGAAAUCUAUUAUCUGUAAACUUCAAAUUCCUUUAUAAAAGUUCAUUGUAUUAGUUCACAUGCAUAUCUAUAUUGUACUUGCUGACAGCGACUUCGCAAAAUUUGCUGAUGCCGAUUUUUUAAACGGCAAAUAUUUCCCACUUUCUGAUAAUUCGAUUUCUGAUAAUUAUAAUAUAAAAGAAAUAUGCACGACUCAUAUUGGUUUCCUGAUUCUGUGUUGAUAAAUAUCCUGAUUCUGUGGUGAUAAAUAUAUUUUUCAAAACUUGAAUAUCUUAAUUCACUCAAUUGAUAACAGAAUUUGAGACCUUUGGAGAUCGGAUAUAUUCAAGGUGUCAGUUUAAUUAUCUCAAACUCAAUUUUGGUGUGCCGACUUCAUCUUUUCUGUAAUAUCGGUAAUGUAGGCCUCGUAUUUUUCAAUAUAAUAACAACAUAUCGGCGCUUGUCUGGUGCAUACCUAGUUCCUUAAACUAUUAUUGAUCAGAUGGCCAAUCUUAUUUGCCAAUCAUCCGGUUUUCGUCAUUAUUGUGUCUAUUUGUUCAAAAUGUAUCUGAGGAUUUUGUGUUUUUUUUUUAAACUUUCCUCUUUAAUACAUUGUGAGGUGCAAUAAACCGUGCCAUUUAAUUGGUGGAUGAA